ACAAGCUAGCAUUUAUUUCCUACACCUAGCCUUAUACACAUCACUAACCCAUGCCUGCUACACAAAACAGAGUAGUUUAAGGAAAGAAGAGCAUCCGUACACCUUAUCUCCAUCCAUUUUCCAGGAAUGUGGUCCUGGCUUGUUAUUUACCUCUUUCUGCCCGUUGUGCAGUCAUGCACUAAAGGUAAACCGAAUGAAUGUGCAGAAGCAAGCUUCGCCCCCGGGUCCAACCUGGCCGGAGAAGGAUACGAUGUGACAAAGAUGCAGCGCAAAGGAGCCUUUGUCAUUAACACAGAAGUCUGGAGGCGAAAGGAUAAAUCAUGCACUCUUUGCAAGAACCCCUACAUGGAUGGAGCGAAUCAAAAGCUUCCUACAUCUGUAGUAGAUUGGAGAUCAAAUAAAAAGUGCAGCGUUCAAUUAUCGAGUUCCCUGUAUGAGUCCAGUGAAGAACUGGUCAGCUCCAGCGGCUCCUCCAUUGAGAACAACUGGGGUGCAAAUUUGGACAUAAAUGUUAAAGAAAAUAGAGGCUCAUUCAUUCUGGCUGGAACUAACUCAAAGCUCGCAGAGUACUCGAUGGAGAAGACCAAAAGAGACAAGUACAAUUUUGCCAGUCAAAGUAUUUCUUGUUCUUUUUACAGCUACAGGGUCUCCAGCAGGCCUGUUCUCCAUGCCGAGUUCAAACGCUCUGUGAAGGAACUUCCCAAGACAUACAAUCUUGAUUUCAAAAAGCGUUUUUACAAGUUCAUUAACACCUACGGAACCCAUUACAUCACCAAGGUAACUCUUGGUGGAACUGUUCACUCUGUGACCAGUAUCAGACAGUGCGAGGUCGCUCUGCAGGGCUUAAGUGCAGAUGAAGUGAAGACAUGCUUGGACGUGGAGGCCAGUGCCAGCAUUCUUGGCAAAGUAGAUAUGAAAGCAGAAAGUAAGCACUGUAACGAAGACAAGGAAAAAACUGAGAGCAAAAACAGCUUCUCCAGCCGCUUUAAUGACAGGCUGACCGAGGUGACUGGAGGUCACACUACAGAGCCUGAGCUCCUUUUCUCAGGAGGAAAAGACCCAUCAGCUUACAAAGAAUGGAUGGAGUCCCUACCACAAAACCCAGACAUGAUUUCUUACUCUCUGGAGUCCCUGCACGAGCUGAUUCCCACCAAAGACCCAGCACGUAAACACUUGCGCCAAGCCAUCCAUGACUACAUCCUGGAGAAGUCCCUCUGGAGAAACUGCACCGACUCUUGCAAAGAUGGCAUCAAAACCAACCAAAACAACCCGUGUGUCUGCACUUGUCACAACAAUCCUGGGAUCACACCAAACUGCUGCCCAACAAAGAGUGGACUUUCACGGGUAAAGGUCACAAUCGUGAGGGCUCAAAACCUAUGGGGUGACCAAACCACAGCGACAGAUGGGUACGUUAAAGUGUUCGACAAACAUAAUAUUCUGCGUGGAAGCACUGAUAUGAUCACAAAUAACAACUCACCCUACUGGGGGAGAACCUUUGAUUUGGGUGAUGUCGUCCUGGCGGAGAACGACAAGAUUAAACUGGAGGUGUGGGAUGAAGAUAGUAAAUGGGACGACGAUUUGCUGGGAACCUGUGAAGUACCCAUAAAUUCAGGUCACAAAGAGAAUUUCUGCAAUUUAAAUCAUGGUCUGCUGUUCUACAAAACAGAAGUGACAUGCGCUCCGAGUUUGUCAGGCCCCUACUGCACAAAAUAUGUUGGUUCCCCCAUGAACUUUCACCUGGAGAAGGUAUACGCAUCACGUAAUGCACGACCUGUGCCAGCAGACAUACUGAUGCGCAAGGGAGUUCUUCUGGACAGACUUUACGUAUAUCCAAAGACAAAUUACACUGCUGAAACUAUUCUGUAAUCACUUUCGGCUCUGAAUCUGUUUAUGCAACUAUUCGAAAUAUAACCUCAGCUGUUGUAUUAAUCACUAUCAGACAUAUUUAAUAUAAAUCUUUAAUAUUUCUCAACUUUAGAGACAAUGCGCAAUACAUAUUUAUUAUCUUUUAUUAUCUUUAUUGCAGGAUUUCUAUGCUUGCACUGGCAAUUUUCCAAAAACACAAAAUAUGCACUGUACUAUGUUAUGCUCCUUCAGUCUACACUUUGCAUUAUUCAAAACAAUUUUCAUUUAUUCACAAGUAGAGUCACUAGGACAGCAUUUUAUUGCAUGUGAAAAUAAUCUAAAACAAAAAAUGUAAUGUUUUGUUUUAAUAAACACUUUAAAUGGUC